GUGGUCUGUCUCUUCCACCUCAUCACCAUCCACCACCAGAGAGACGCAAUGACGCCCACUCUCCUCAUCGCCUGCCUAGCUCUGCUCUGUGCUGCAGCUCAGGCUCAAUUCUUCAACUUCUUCGGCGGACAACAUCAGCAACACCAUGGAGAGCAAGAGCCUCCGCCCAGUGGUGAUGCCUCAUGGUUUGAAGCCCGAGUAGAUGCCUCCACCUGCCCCACCUACCUCUGCCCCCGCACCCUCUCCUGCGUCCCGCACCCGUCACGCUGCCCCUGCCCUUUCAAGCAACAGAUCCGCUGCCCCUUCCCCGACCCCAUCACGGGCAAAUUGGACGACGGAGGAGCCUUCUGCGUCAACGAGGACGAAGGGUGCGAGAAGGUGCUGAUGGCGAGGGGGCUUUGGUGGGAAGGGAGGAAGUUGGAUGAGGGGUUGAUGAAAGCUUUCGCGUAGACGACGUAGAGGGCAAGAUGUGAAUGGUAUAGAAUUGUGAUCGUACUACCGCAGGCAGCUCUCAAGAUGC